GUGCAGUAGCAGCAACACCAUCCAUCUACUGUAUAUAGCUUGGAAUAGUUAUCUCUUGUCACAUAUGUUCUGCUUGAGCUCCACCUUCCCAGGACAUGCCUCUAACCAGCUAAAGCAUUAGCCUUAGUUAGUCUUGCCUCCCAGCCCGCCCUUGACAUAGUGAAAGCAUGAAAUAGGAGCAGAGAGGGAAUACAAUAUGCACUAAAGAAACAGAAGGCAUUGAGAACAUAUGUACGGCUUGCUGCGUGUCCUAGAAGACCAACAGGGGUUUGAUUGUUGGAGUUAUGCUGCAUUAAUGGAGUGAAAAGGAAACUUAACAAAUGGCUUUGGACAAUGAGAGGAAGAUCUUGGAAUGUUGCUGAAGCUUGAAAUAUAGAUUAUAUCACAGAACAACGGUGACUCACUUUGGGGAGUUUUGUCUAAAAGACAUUCUGCACUGCUGUUUACAUUUUAAAAACUUGCCCUGAAUUCCUUCGCGUAUUCCCAUAUGGCUUAAGUGUUUUUGUACCAACUGCAAGCAUGAAGUGGCUCUGCAAACUUGAUGAGUCUGGGAAGUUCUGGGAUGUAAAUCAGACGUGGAACACCAAUAAUCCAGACUUUUCCUGGUGUUUUCAUAAAACAGUUUUGUACUGGAUACCCUGUUUUUAUCUAUUUAUCUCUUCUCCGUUCUACGUUUUCUACCUCAUACGUCAUGACCGAGGUUACAUAAGGAUGUCACUGCUCUGUAAAGCAAAGACUUGUCUUGCUGCGUUGCUGGCAUUAAUCUGUUAUACAGACCUUUUCUACACUGUGUGGAAGAUGACACAUAAUUUUCCAGAACCGCCAGUGCUCCUUAUCAGUCCACUAAUUGUUGGAGCCACAAUGCUUCUUGCUGCAAGUCUUAUUCAGUAUGAGAGAAUGAAAGGCGUGCAGUCAUCAGCUCUCCUGUUGGUGUUCUGGAUCUUGGUUCUAAUAUGUUCAGUAUUCCAACUUCGAACUAAGAUUACAACUGCUAUUUCACAGGCAGCAGAGAUUGACAGAAUGCGUUAUGCGCUUUUCAUGUCAUAUUUCGUGCUGGUGCUGAUCCAGUGCAUUCUCUCAUUCUUCAAUGAUCAGCCACCUUUCUUCUCCACCAUGAAGAGCGAGUUGAAUCCAAAUCCUGUGACAGAUGCUUCUUUGAUUUCCCAAAUGACAUUCAGCUGGUUUACUGAGAUUAUGUUCAGAGGUUACAAACAACCAUUGAAAGCUGAAGAUAUUUGGUCCCUGAGGAAAUCCGACACAGCUGAAGAAAUUUUACAGAGGUUCUCAAAAGAGAUACAGAAGCAAUGGUAUAAAACCAAGCCGUUGGAAGUACGCACUACAUUCUCUAAGCCACAAAUUAAUAAAGACAUUCAGAUCUUUCACGAAGAUGAAACUGAAGUGCUGCUGAAAAGUCCAAGCAUGCAGAUGAACAAUCAAUCACUCCUAAAGAUUAUUUUCAAAACUUUUGGUCCCUACUACCUGCUGAGUGUCCUGUUAAUGGUUCUGUACACUGCAUUCCUCUUCAUCAGUCCUGAGCUAAUGAGGUUGCUUCUGGAGCGGUUGAAGAAUCCCUUGUCCCCAAACUGGCAAAGCUUUUUGAUUGCUGUCCUCCUUCUCAUUUGUCCUUGUGGUCAGUCCCUAUGCCUUCACCAGCAUGACUACAUUUGCUAUGUCACUGGGAUGAGACUCCGAGCAGCAAUAGUUGGUAGUGUUUAUAAUAAGGUGUUAGUCCUUUCCAGCUCUGGAAGGCAAGAUUGUUCUGCUGGGGAGAUUGUAAAUCUGAUCUCCACUGAUAUCCAAAAAUUAAUGGACUUGGCAACGUGUUUCAACUAUUUCUGGUCUGCGCCUUUAACAAUUAUUGUGGCAAUGUAUUUUCUAUGGCAGACGCUGGGUGUUGCAGUGUUCGCUGGGGUAGGAGUGUUUAUUUUAAACCUUCCAUUUAUGACUUUGUUUGGAGUCGCGAUCAAAAAACUGCAGGAAGAACAGAUGAAACAGAAGGACAGUCGUAUAAAAUUGAUCUCUGAAGUUCUACAAGGUAUAAAGGUGCUGAAGCUUUAUGCUUGGGAGAAUGCUUUUAUAAAGAAAAUUGAAAGUUUCAGGGUGCUGGAAUUAAAAGCAGUGAAGAAGUAUGCACUACUGUUGUCUGGAGCGCUGGCAUUAUUUGUGGCCUCGCCUUUCUGGGUUUCUCUGACCAUGUUUGGUGUCUUCUUGGCUGUGGAUGAUAACAAUGUCCUGGAUGCACAGAAAGCCUUUGUCACUAUAAUAUUGCUUAAUAUUCUCAGGAUCCCUCUACGUAUGUUCCCAAUGGCUGUCACGCUUAUUUUCCAGUCAUUUGUUUCCCUAAAACGUUUGGCCAAACUAUUCUCUGAAGAUGAAGUAGACCCUGGAAAUGUGGAGACUUUAGAACCCUCUAGCAAGAAUGACAUUGUGGUACAAGAUGGCACGUUUACAUGGUCUGCAACAGAUGAGCCAUGCCUUAGAAACAUCAAUUUAUCUGUCCAGAAAGGUUCAUUGGUUGCUGUUGUUGGUCAAGUUGGCUGUGGAAAGACUUCACUUCUCUCUGCAUUACUUGGUGAAAUGGAAAAAGUGGAUGGUACCAUUGCCCUAAAGGGCUCUAUUGCAUAUGUACCUCAACAGACUUGGAUUCCAAAUGCAACGUUUAAAGACAAUGUGCUCUUUGGAAGGCAUUUUGACAAAGACUGGUAUGAUAAUGUCAUUCAGAGUUGUGCAUUGCUGCCUGACCUACAAAUUCUUUCAGGUGGCGAGAACACUGAAAUAGGGGAAAAAGGCAUAAACUUGUCAGGUGGACAAAAACAGCGAAUAAGUAUCGCUCGAGCUGUGUACAGGAACUGUGAUGUUUACUUAUUGGAUGAUCCUCUUUCUGCAGUGGACGCACAUGUUGGGCAGCAUUUGUUUAAACAUGUCAUUGGACCCAAUGGCUUACUCAAAGAAAAGACACGCGUUUUAGUGACUCAUGGCAUUAGCUUCCUGCCACAAAUGGACAUGAUUAUUGUGUUGUCUGAUGGAAGAAUUUCUGAAGUUGGCACAUAUAAUGAGCUUCUUAAAAAGGAUGGAGCUUUCUCAGAAUUCCUGCAAACAUAUGCACUUACUUCCGAAGAAAGUGAUGAGUCUCCAGCAAAAUGUGUAAUUCAAGGCCACAAAGAGAAGACAGAAAACACGCUAAAAAUGGACUCUGUUGCUUCCACAAGGAAGGCGAAAGACACAGAGAUGAAUGAAGAUACUGAAAGAGAUGCAGAUGCCGGAAAGCUUACAGAUGCAGACGUCGCUCUCACGGGCCGGGUCAAGUUAACCGUGUAUUUGGAGUACUGCAGAAUUAUGGGCAAGUGGUAUUUGAUUACAAGUGCAGCCUUUUUCAUCAUUCAACAGUUAUCAGCCCUGGGGCAUAAUUACUGGAUUGGGCUGUGGGCUGAUGAUCCACCUGUGAAUGGUACCCAACAGAACACUGCCAUGAGACUGGUAGUGUACAGUGUACUGGGCACAGUGCAAGCUUUAUGUAUAUAUAUAGCAUCUAGCGCUAUAAUUGUUGGAGGAGUGUCAGUGUCCCGUCAGCUUCACUGCAAGCUCUUGUACAGCAUCAUGAGGUGCCCCCUGAGCUUUUUUGAAAGAACACCUAGUGGAAACCUAACCAACCGAUUUGCAAAGGAAAUGGACACUAUAGAUAAUAUCAUCCCGCAUAUGUUAAUGAUGUUUAUAUUAAUCUCCCUAACCAUAUUGGAGAUACUACUGGUCAUUGCAAUAGCCACGCCUCUGGCUGCUGUAGCCUUUAUACCUCUGGGUUUACUAUACUUUUUCUUACAGAGAUUUUAUGUUGCCAGUUCUCGGCAGCUGAAACGCCUGGAUUCAGUGAGCAAAUCUCCUUUGUACACUCACUUUAAUGAAACCCUGCAAGGCGUAAAUGUCAUACGAGCCUUUAAAGAACAGGACCGUUUUAUUCAAGAGAACAAUCUACGUCUUAAUACCAACCAGCGGUUCUACUUCUCCAGCUUUGUCGCAAACAGGUGGUUGAGUAUACGCUGUGACCUCGUUAGUAAUUUCAUAGUUUUUACAGUGGCCAUUGUAGGAGUUUUGUUCAAAGAGAGCAUUUCCCCAGGCCUGGUUGGUCUUGCUGUUGUGAAUUCUCUAAGGUUGACAGGUGUCUUAAAAGAAGCUGUUCAUAUUGCCACUGACAUGGAAACUAACUCUGUUGCAGUGGAAAGGGUGAAGGAGUAUUGUGAUGUGGAGCCUGAGGCUCCAUGGACAUCAGAGCAUGCUUCAGAAUUAACACACUGGCCACAUGCUGGAAGGAUUGGGUUCCAAAAUUAUGGUCUGAGGUACAGGAAAGACUUACAAAUGGCUUUACAAAAUGUUACUGCUUCCAUUCAGCCUGGAGAAAAGGUGGGCAUAGUUGGAAGAACUGGAGCUGGAAAGUCUUCUCUAACUUUGGGUUUAUUCCGAAUUCUUGAACCUGCAACUGGAUCAAUUUGUAUAGAUGGAGUGGACGUUUUAAAACUAGGCCUUCAUGAACUGAGAUCUAAACUAACAAUCAUUCCUCAGGACCCAGUCUUAUUUUUUGGAUCAUUAAGAAUGAACCUGGAUCCUUUUGACUAUUACACUGAAGAUGAUGUUUGGACAGCUUUGGAACUGGCCCACUUGAAAAGUUUUGCUUCGAGCUUGCCUGAUAGGCUAGAUCACAUUUGUACUGAAGGAGGAGAAAAUCUAAGUGUUGGCCAGCGCCAGUUGGUUUGCCUGGCAAGAGCCCUUCUUCGAAAGACCAAAAUCCUGGUGCUGGAUGAAGCCACAGCAGCGGUGGACCUAGAAACCGAUGACCUGAUCCAGUCAACUAUAAGAAAAGAGUUUGAAAAUUGUACAGUGAUAACCAUUGCACAUCGACUCAAUACAAUUAUGGAUUACACACGGGUUAUUGUCUUUGACAAAGGUGAAAUUGUGGAAUUUGACACACCUACAAGGCUACUGGAAAAUAAGGGAAUAUUCUAUUCCAUGGCAAAAGAUGCAAAUGUAAUUUAACUGUUGGAAACUAGAUUUAGAGUUACUGAUCAGUAGACUCGGGGAGCAGACAAAGAGCUGCACAGCAAAAAUCAACAGAAAAUGUGACUUUUUG